AUGCAAAAGCUCAAUGCUGUAUUGCCAAACGACUGGCUCCACUAUCUCGGCAACCACCGCAUAUUCGACGUCUCUCAUGCCGAUCUGCAAACGACACAACAACUCUUGAAUGGCGUCGAUCCAUACGACACCUUUGCACGUCAAUACCAGACGCGUGUCAUGCUUCUUAGAGGAAGCGACUUGAUCGUCGCCGUCGGUUCAGAAAUCAGAAUGCUCAACAUUAGCAACGUCAAAGAUGCCUGGAUUAACGUCGCACCUACGUUUAUUGAUACUGGAAAGGAUGCUCAAGAGGAUCAAAGCUGGUUGCUCCAAGUGCCUUACAAGACCCUGUCAACUUCCGGCAUCGAUUUCCCUAUCCAAUCCAUGGCAAUCAAUCAAAGCGGCAAUCUUUUAUCUGUGGCAGGCCGCAGCAAACUUGCCAUUGUAUGCUUACCACAACAAGGGUUUUCUCAUUCAACAAAAUAUCUUCCCAAAGGACGCAUCGAUUGCAAGACAUUCAUCGUUGGCCGCAACUAUUAUAGUCGACAUGUGCGGGUGCUAAAGAUGGCAUGGCAUCCUUUGAGUGAGACACGAACCCACAUCAUGGUAUUGUCAACCGAUAAUAUCUUAAGAAUGUUUGAUGUGAGCGGGAACAUUGAUGAAGCUGAACAAACCUUCGACUUGGCACCUGCACAUUCCAAAGACAAGUCUUCCAUGGAACCUGUUCGAGGCAUCAUCUUGGAUGAUGAUUUGGAUCCUGAUGAGGAUGUGGUGACAUUCACUCUCGGUGGCAAAAGUGAAGAUGGAAGGAAUUGGGAACCUUUUACCGUAUACUAUGCUUUGCGAAAUGGACAUCUCUAUGCUUUAUGCCCUGUGCUUCCAUAUAAAAGUGUGAUUGAUCAUCAGCAUAUGGAGACAUUGGCGUGUGUUGUCGAAGCCAAGACUCAGCAACUUGUCAAAGAAAUCAAUGACAACGACGAUGAUGACAGCGACGCAAAGGCAUUGUAUUAUCUAUUACGGCUUCAAUCACAGUGGAUCAGUGAUGUUAUCGCAUCUGGAAGAAAACAAAAGACAGCUGUGGUGGGAGAUUCGGAUAUCGUGUCGAUAUGUAGCCGAGAUUCCAGUGUUCCAUUCCCAGUACAACGCCAAGGACCUUUCAAGAUUGAAGAUGAUAAUCAACUCAAGCCCGGCAGUGAAGUUGGCGAUUUGAUCUUUAUCAGUACCGAGGCUGCCAAUAUUCUCGUUGCAGCAUAUACCAAUGGAGACGUUCAAUCCUACUUGCUUGGUUCUGAAAUUGAUCCUCAAUGGCUCAUGCCUAUCCAGGCCCGUGAAUCAGAUUGGAAACAUGAGCUUGGACAAUUUUUAUCUUCUGCCGAUAUUCUUCCCAAAGCAUCCAUAUUCGAGACACUUCAUUUACGCGACCAACCUGGUUAUGGUGCACACAACAUUUCUAUUAUCCCUGAUCAUCUUUACAAGGAGAUUAUCUACGUAUAUCAUGCAGGAGGCGUACAUCGUAUCAACAUGACAAAGCUUGUUACGGGACUAGCCGAGUUGGAGCGUUUGGAUGCAUCAGGAGCAGAUCCCAAAACAUUUUAUGCCGCUCUCGAGAAUUGGCAUGCAAAGGACAACACAUCAGAUUGUACUUGUUUGAUUGAAAGCAAUGCGGGUGGUGCAAGUGCCACGGAGCCCAUCAUUGGAAUGGCGAUCAUCACCGAUAUAUACCUGACCUAUUCCAUGCUUGCAUUGACGGGAUCCUACAAGCUUGUUCCUCAUGAGCUUAGCUUACGACAAGAUGCUGACAGCACUCCACCAGCCGCUGCCACCCGAGAUUCGCCCGAACCUACUCUUGGUAACAAGGAUGAAGAGGGUACUGGAAGUUUGCUUGAAGGUCCACUUUACACAACAUCGGUUCCUCAAUCAAGUCAAACCAAGAUUGUUGUACCACAAGAAUAUGCAGGCAAAAAGGAAGUUGUCAUCAGUGAAGAUUCUUUGCGAUUCUUGUCUACAUCCACAGAGACGCUUGCACGCAACAUCAAUCAAGUGAAUAAGGGAACGGUGGCUGCCAAACGGAGAUUACAAUUACAAGAGCGAGAAAUGCAACGACAAACCGAUACCAUUCGAGACUUGUAUCAACGACUGGAUGAUUUGUUUUCAGCAGAAUCGCAAAACAACUUCAACGAAAGGAUAUUGGAGACUGCGCGAAACCAUGGCAAAUUGGCAUUACGCAUUGACAGCAUAUUGCGACAAGCCAUGGGUCGUUUCCAACCAGGCAUGUCAACACAAGAAAAGGAGUGGGCUGAAAGCCUAGAUGAUUUGCAGAACCAAGUCGAAGGAGAACAAGGCUACACUACCAGAAUCAAAAAGCUUCAAGAACAAAUGGCAACCUUGAAUAUCGCCACCACGACAAAGCUUCCAUCACCACUCCCGUCGGCAAGAUCAAAGAUCGACCCUACACAAUUGGAUUCCUUACGAAAUGCACUUGACAAGCAGGCGGAGUCAGUCAAGGAAACCAAAGCACGCAUUACGGCUUUGCAGCGAGUGGCAUAA